UUGUGGAGGGGAGAACCCACCGCUCUCUCUCUUUCUCUCUCCAAAAACUCGCACUUUCUCUCUCUAAAAAAACACACACAGACGGACGCACUCUCUCUCUAGAAAAAAACUCUCUGAAUACUCUCUCUCUCUGCGAAUUUUCCUUGUUUGGCUUUGAUCGUUGAUUUUGAGGAAGAGAGAGGCGGCGAUUUUGGCGGUCGGCGGGGAGAGAAUGGGAAUCGCGGCGGUUUCGCUAGAGUGACGGUGCGGGUGAUGAUGGAUGUAUGGAAUUCGAUGCUGGAAUUCCGAUGUCCCUUGCGGCAGUGACCGAGCUGAGGGAGCUGUCACCGUCGUUUAGCCAAGAUGCAAUUUGGCAAAUGAAUUUGAGAUCAAGUGAAACAAUGGAAUCUGGGACCUAUCCUGAGCGUCCUGGAGAACCAGAUUGUUCGUAUUAUAUCAGAACAGGCCUCUGCAGAUUUGGGGCAACCUGUCGCUUCAAUCAUCCACCAAACAGGAAGUUGCCGGAUUGUUCUGGUUGUUGGCAGGCUAUUGCUACUGCAAGGAUGAAGGGUGAGUUCCCAGAAAGAAUAGGACAACCUGAAUGUCAGUACUACCUAAAGACGGGUACUUGCAAGUUUGGAGCGACAUGCAAGUUUCAUCAUCCAAGAGACAAAGCAGGGAUUGCUGGAAGAGUGUCAUUAAAUAUUUUAGGAUAUCCGCUUCGUCCGAAUGAGAUGGAAUGUGCAUAUUAUUUAAGAACUGGGCAAUGCAAGUUUGGGAGCACUUGUAAAUUCCACCAUCCACAGCCAACUAAUAUGAUGGUUUCAAUGCGUGGUUCCCCUGUUUAUCCUACUGUCCAAUCUCCAACCACUCCUGGUCAACAAUCAUAUAUUGGAGGGAUUACAAACUGGUCGAGAGCGUCUUUUAUUCCUAGUCCGCGAUGGCAAGGUUCCUCAAGUUAUGCACCUAUGAUUCUUCCUCAGGGAGUGGUAUCAGUUCCAGGCUGGAAUACCUACAGUGGUCAGCUGGGGUCAGUUUCUUCCCCAGAGAGACAGCAACCAUCAGGUAGUAGUCAGAUUUAUGGAACUUCACGUCAAAGUGAUCCGGCAAAUACAGGAUCUCAAGGGACACUUUCUCCAUAUCGUUCCGGCUCUAUACCUGUUGGUUUCUAUGCCUUACAGAGGGAAAAUGUAUUUCCUGAGAGAACAGGCCAGCCUGAGUGCCAGUUUUACAUGAAAACAGGAGAUUGUAAGUUUGGGGCAGUCUGUAAAUUUCAUCAUCCUAGAGAGAGACUAAUUCCUGCACCAGACUGUCUCCUGAGUCCAAUGGGCCUUCCUUUACGCCCGGGAGAACCUUUGUGCAUCUUCUAUUCUCGUUAUGGUAUCUGCAAGUUUGGUCCAAGUUGCAAGUUUGACCAUCCGAUGGGAAUUUUCACUAUUAAUCUCUCUGCAACAUCUUCAACCGAUACCCCAGUGCGGCGUUUGUUGGGGUCAUCAUCAGGAACCACUGCAUUAAAUUUAUCUUCUGAAGGACUUGUUGAAGCAGGAUCAACAAAUCCUCGGAGACUUUCACUAUCAGAGACCAGACAGAUGCCUUCUGGCGAUGAUAAUAAUACUGAUACAGAGGACUGAAACCUGCUCUCAAGAAAGGAGCCAUUUACGUUUGCAAAUCUUUUGGGAGCUGAACAGAAGUUAUGUAAAUUCAUUUCCAAUUAUUGGAGAUGUACAGAGUUCAUAUAAAGUCAACCCGGUUCUUCUGAAAAUGUGUUUCAGUUGACAUACUCGAUUUACUGAAUUUUUCUUAUCUCUGCAUUGUAUAAAAAGUAUGCAAAUAUUGUCACAUUGGUAAAAUCCAAUGUGAACAUUUUCAUCUAUUCCAAAA